AUAGGUGUGCGUGAAACAAGCUGAGUGUGCGUCUCAUCUAAUAAGAGCCUCGGAGCGCAUUUUCUUCCCCCCCUCCCCGCGUCAUCUCCGUCUGGGCGGUCGGUGCAUGGUGCGCCGUGGCCGGGGAGGAGACGUGCGUGCGGCCAGGAGGAGACGCGCUGAUGCGAGCGGAUAUUCUCAGCAGCUGAGCGCAAUUGGUGUGAUUCCUGUCCCCGGUCCCUGUUGAAGUGGCUGGAAACGGUCCACAGGAGAGUGAGAAGUAGACGAGGAGCAGGAGCUGUUUGGACACGAAGGGAUUCAAGACAGGGUGGGACACAGAGGAGGGACGCGCACGGCAGCAGGUCAAAGUUUGUUUUGCAGUAGUGGUGGAGGUUCGGUUCGCUGCGGACAGCACUCUGCCUUUAGAUUGACGCCGCGUGAUGGAAUGCCACUUGGAGAGAGGGAGCGUGAUGGACACUUUGGCACCUGGGCUCCCGCGCAGAGAAUCCUCCCGUUUCCAGCAGGCGCGGUGCUGACUGAGCCCCCAGGACGGUGAUCAGUCAUUUGUUUUGUGUUUCCUCGAGUGGCAGGGAUACCCUCCUCAUCAUCCUCGCCCUCAGCCUCAUCGCUUUCUCCCGACGGAGAGCGAGAGAUGGUGCGCGCAGCGAUUCCUCAGAGACUGACGUGCGCACUCAUCACAUUCCCGCUGGGGAGCGCGUCUUAAAGAAGAGCCUCUUCCUCCAUUCAUGUUCAUUCUGCUGCUGUGAACUUGUUGAGCCGUGUCAAAGAGCAGAGGGGCGACUGGAGAGAUCCGCAUCGCCACACAGGACGAGGACCAUGACUGACGGCCAGGCGAGCUGAAGGGACUUGUCACUCAUCUUCCUAUCUCCGUGUCAGGGGGGGACUAUCUCCUGCUCACCUCCCCUCCUCUUCCUCCACCUUCUCCUCCACCGUCCUCCUCCCUCCCUCAGUCCUCUCCUCUUAUCUUCUCAAUGGGCUGGUGACCUCAGCAUCAUUGUAGUUAUCCACCGCUCCAGAAAACCCCCCAAAGGCCGCGACGUAGCAACAAAGAACUUCAGAAGACACCUCUGAACCGACCCUUGCUCCACCUGAAGGGAGUCUGGCAUGCCUCCUCCCUCCAGCUGAGUGACCUUUACUGAGCGGAAGUAGAAGAAGAGGGAUCCCUUGUCCGUCCAUCUUCAGUGGGAGAUACAGCUUCUGGAGAAGGAGCUGCGAGAGGACCAGUCAUGCGUUUCCAUUUUGCGUUGGCGCUGCAGGCGCUGUGGACCGCUGUUUGCCAGGCGGCCAUGCAGCACUACCCUGCAGCGUGGGGCCACUACGAUGUGUGCAAGUCCCAGGUUUAUACGGACGAAGGCCUGACCUGGGACUACAUGGCCUGCCAACCCGAGGCGACAGACAUGACCAAGUUCUUGAAGGUUACUCUGGAUCCCCCCAACAUCACCUGUGGAGACCCUCCGGAGACGUACUGCGCCCUGGAGAAUCCUUACAUGUGUAAUAAUGAAUGUGAUGCCAGCACUGACGAGCUCGCCCACCCUCCACACCUCAUGUUCGACAUCGAGGGCCGCAACCCCACCACCUUCUGGCAGUCCACAUCCUGGAAGAAGUACCCAAAGGCCCUCCUGGUCAACCUCACGCUCUCUUGGAACAAGACCAUCGAGCUGACUGACGACAUCGUCCUCACCUUUGAGUCAGGCCGGCCCGAACAGAUGGUCCUGGAGAAGUCGCUGGAUUAUGGCCGAACCUGGCAGCCCUACCAGUUCUAUGCCACUGACUGCCUGGACGCCUUCACCAUGGAGCCCAAGACGGUGCAGGACUUGACCCAGCACACCCUGCUGGACAUCAUCUGCACUGAGGACUACUCGCGAGGUUACGUGUGGAAGAACGACAAAACUGUGCGCUUUGAGAUCAAGGACCGCUUUGCGCUGUUCGCCGGGCCCCGGCUCCACAACAUGGCCUCGCUCUACGGCCAACUGGACACGACCAAGAACCUGAGGGACUUCUUUACCAUCACAGACCUGAGAAUCCGCCUGCUCCGGCCUGCCACGGGAGCUACGAUGGUGGACGAGACCAACCUGUCCAGAUACUUCUAUGCCAUCUCUGACAUCAAAGUGCAGGGCAGGUGCAAGUGCAACCUUCAUGCCAUCAGCUGCGUAUAUGACAAAGACAAGUUGGGCUGCGAGUGUGAACACAACACCACUGGGCCUGACUGCGGCCGCUGCAAGAGGAAUUACCAGGGGCGAGCUUGGAGUGCUGGCUCCUACCUGCCCAUCCCUAAGGGCACAGCUAAUAUCUGUAUUCCUAAUAACAUUGGUCCAGUUAUUCGGCCGAAUGUGUCAUCCCUAGGUGUCGCUAACCGAAAAGAAGUAGCUCCUCAAGUUGCAUUGUCCACUGCCCCUUCUGUCCACGUUGCAAACAGCAAGCGAGACUGCGAAUGCUUCGGCCACUCCAACCGAUGCAGCUACAUCGAGGUGCUAAACACCGUCAUUUGCGUGAGCUGUAAGCACAACACUAGGGGCCAGCACUGCCAGCUAUGCAAGCCGGGCUACUACCGCAAUGCCUCGGCAGAACUGGACGAUGAAAAUGUGUGCAUAGAGUGUAAUUGUAAUCCCUUUGGCUCAGUCAGUGAUCGCUGUAAUGGCACAGGAUUUUGUAUAUGUAAGGAGGGCACUACAGGGCCCAAGUGUCAGGAGUGUCUACCCGGCUAUUUGUGGGACGAUGGCUGCAAAUCCCGGGUGUGCGACAACGAGCUCCUGCGCUGCCAAAACGGCGGCGUGUGUGUCAACAACGUCCGCUGCAACUGCCCCGCAACCUACAGCGGCCUGCUGUGUGAGAAGUCCCGCUGCAGUUCGGAGCUGGGGGGCUGCAGGGGCCCCGAUUCAGGCCAGGCCCCGCUGACGCCUCCGUCGGCCUUCAGGCUGCUGCUGCUGCUGCUGCUGGGCUCGGUGCUGCUGGGCGAGGCCGCCAUGCUCUGAAGAGACCCAUGACCUGGUGGGAGCGAUACAGUCCCCAGCCCCUCCACCUCAACCCGCCCACCUCCCCCAGCCUCCCUUUUCAAAUAACCAACCACCAUUAAACAAGAACAACCAUGAGCUUUCUGGACUGUACCGUACCGAGCUUUCUCCGCCGCCAGACUCAGCGGACACUUGCGCUGACGAAAAAGGGAAUGUGCCAGACCGACAAGUGCAAAGACUUUUCAUUUCAUUUUCAAAGAUAAUAUAGAAAUGAACUAUAGAUGCCAGAUAUUAUUAUAAAAAAAAGAUUAUAGAGGGACCGAGCGUUUGCCUGAAAAGAGUUAAAUGAGCAAAGAACAAUUAUCACCCCCCCUCCCCCCCUCACCUCACCUCUCCAACCCACCCACCUUCCUCCUCUAAGCCAUACCAGGUUCUUGAGCUCCUUCUAGUUCGAGGAGGGGACAACUGAGGCGAUGGACUAGCAGUUCGCUUCUGCUGUUAUUGCCACGGCAACUUAAGCUGCGACCAAUCAGCUUCCGCACGAGCCGGCAGUGGACGCCGAUCUCCUCUCACCCUCACGCCCUCCAGGGAUGACCUUCGCCGAACUACAGCGGUGAUGCUUCGGACGAGACUGAGAGAGCAGGAAACACGGGACACAUUCUUUGCUGUCAGUGCAUUGUGGAUAGAAGGGAAUCUGUCCGGACUGCCACUCUGUGACACAAAAAGAAACCUCGCCCCCCCCCCCACCUCCACCGUCGAGCCCCCUCUAGCUUUCUGUCUCUCCUUUGAACUCUAUCUCAUCCUCCCUCCUGUUCAUCCCCCCCCACCCUCUGAUGCCCAGCCCCCUCACCAUGCUGCCACUGACUUGUGCUUUCGUGAACGUUACUCUGUAAACCCUUGUUGGUUGAAAGAAUUCUUUUGUCCGAUGUUAGUGAUGCACAUGUGUAAGAAGCCCCCCUGCCCCUGCCCUCCUCUCCCCUCUUAAAAAAAGAUAGUCCAGUAAAAGGUGUCUUGAUUCUUUUUCCCGACCUUAGAGCCGCCACGCUCCCUGCGAUCAUGGUCCGAGGGUAGUUUUCACCUGAGCAGACAGGAAGUGCAUAGAAAAAAAACAUCAGUGUAUUUGCAAGUUCUUUUCUCCACAGAGCAAACAAAAAAAGAGUCAUGUAGUCCUUUUGUAUCUUUGCCGAACUGUGAUUGAAAAAAGGCAACCUUUAAUGUAUCUAUUUAAGUCGUCCACAUGCAGAAGCAGUCGUUUUAGUUUAUUUUUAUUUAUUUUUUCUGCCCAUUUCUUUCAUCCCCUGACUUUAUUUGUUAUCAUUUCUUUUUCGUUGUGCAGUUGAUUUUCCUUUGUAUUGGCAACGUGCUGGCAUCAAAGAAUAUCAGUUUACAUAUACAGUAUUAAUAAAGUGUAAUAAAAUCCCACCAAAGGACAUUAUAAAUGUUUUGUUCUUGCUUUAACACGAGAAUUUAAGUGAAUAAAAGUUUAAAAACAAAA